ACUCAUAAUUUACCUUUUUCAGAUAAUUUUGUAUUAAUACUACAAUCUAAAGAAAGUUCAAAAUGAAAUUCAAAUAUCUAUUGAAGAUAAGUAUUCAAGUGUUUUUAGUAUAUAAACAAGUAUUUUAUUAGAUUAUUACGUAAGCCGAUAAUAACCAUGACUGCAAGAACAUUUCUAAUAUUGUUUGCAUUAUUGUCAACAACGAGAGGUGAACAGUCUCCAGAUAUCAUUCCAGUUGAUGGAGGGGUGAGUGGUAACGGAAUUACUACUAGGUAUUGGGAUUGUUGUAAAGCUUCUUGUUCAUGGGUAGAUAAUAUAGAUACCCCUGAUCAAAAACCAGUAAAUUCAUGUCUGAAAGAUGGGGAAACAAUUGCACCCAUAACAGAUUAUUCAGGUUGUGGAGAAGGAGGCACUGCUUUCACCUGUAAUAACAAUCAACCUUUUCUUGUUAACUCUACCUUAUCGUAUGGAUUUGCUGCAGCUUCGUUUACUGGAGGUUUGGAUUAUAGCAUGUGUUGCGCUUGUGUAUUGCUCAGUUUUGAAGGUCAACUUAAAGGCAAGCAGUUCUUGGUUCAAGUAACUAAUUCUGGAGAAACGUUGUCUGUAAACCAAUUCGAUCUAGAUAUACCUGGAGGUGGAGUAGGAAUCUAUCCUCAAGGAUGUAUGGCACAAUGGAACGCACCCGAAACCGGCUGGGGUGAGCCAUAUGGAGGUGUCAGCUCAAUUGAAGAGUGCGAUGAAUUGCCCGAUGUCUUACAAGGUGGAUGCAGAUGGCGCUUUGAAUUCAUGGAAGGUGUCUCUAAUCCCAACGUUACUUUUUACCAAGUCAAAUGUCCUAAAGAGCUCAUUGAUAUAAGUGGAUGCGAACUUUGAGAUGGAAAGGCUUAAUAAAUUAAUCUAGUAACCAUUGCUUGUAAAAAUAAAUGUUAAACUGAA